AUGACAAUUCUUGACCCACUCAACAACCUAUUGGUUUCUGGAAACCAUAAGGAGCUUUUAUCUAUUAUCAAAGGAUUCCGUAAUGGCGCAGUAUAUGGGGCCAAGAUUCGAUUUCCUCAUGCACUGGUCAUGACAUGUAUUUUCCGUAGGACAAACAUCAAGGAUAUGGCUCGAAGAAUCCUGAAAAUGACGUAUCAACAUAGCAGAGGCCUGGCCAUGUUUGUAACCAUUUACAAAUCCAUGCUGCUGGUACAAAAAAAGAUCAAGGGGUUUGAGCACAAUACAGAUUCGUUGAUUGCUGGAUUUGUUGGCGGAUAUAUUGUGUUUGGUGAAAACAACAACAUUAAUAACCAGAUUGUGCUAUACUGUUUCUCUCGAGUGAUGGUCGGGCUUGCCAAACUUGCAGUUAAGCGAGAAUUAAUCCCACAGCCCAAACACUCCUUCUCGGUGUUUGCUGCAAUGACUUGGGCACUUGUAAUGUGGCUAUUUAGACAUGAUCGAGAUACCUUGCAAAACUCACUACAGUCGUCGAUGCAAUAUCUAUAUAAUGAUUCUGAUGUGUUUGAUUCAGUGCGUAACUGGAUCAUCUACAACAAAUAA